ACCCCGGGAUCACCUUCUGAUUCUUCCACGCUCUCUGGCUCCUUAGACUACAGUUACUCACCGGCUCAGCUGCCUUCAUAUGCUCUGGAGAAUUACAAUUCUCCCCCUUCUCUGGACAGCAGAAACUGUGGCUACCCCCCAGAAGACUACUCCUGCCAUCUCUUGCCCUCGCACGCCCAGUACAACUGUUUCUCCUCGGCCACUGCCUCCGUCUGCUACUGUGCAUCCUGCGAGGCAGAGCACUUAGAUACCCUCAGAACGUCAGAGUACUUUUCCUAUCCAAGUGUGGACUGUGUGGACUUUGCCCCCUCAGCAGCAGCCACCAGUGAUUUCUAUAGGAGGGAAACAAACUGCGACAUCUGCUAUAGUUAAU